AUGUCUACAUCAAGUCAAAUUCCCGGCUCCAAAUCGGGCGGGAAUAACAGUCGACCAUCGAGCAAGGAUGGCCCCAAGAAAAACAUCUGGUCUUCCAUGCUGGAUGGUGUCGCUAAUGGGAAGCGAUUGCCAGAGAAGAAUCUGUUGAUAUUAGGAGGCACACCUGAGAGCCAGAGAGAAUUUCUAGAUACAUUAUCCGCAGACACUUCGGACCCCAAUCCAUCCAACGAGAAGCGAAAAGGCAGAAUACCGCCGGUCGCCAACCAAUUUGCCCUGGGAUACACAUAUCAGGACGUGCUAGAUGCUGAUCAAGAAGCUAUAACCUGGCUAAUGAUUGCUCUUCUGAAAGAUACACUGGCGCGUGUUUCCGCAUACCUGCUUUCUGAACCUUCCCUGUCCUUUGCGCCCCUCCUUCAACCACUCUUGACCCCCCAAUCCGUCCCCGAGACCUUGGUCGUUAUCCUGCUGGACUGGUCGGACCCUUGGACAUGGGUUCGGCGACUAAGGGAAUGGGUUCGCCUUUUACGACAUGUGCUUAUUUCCCUCGAUGAUGAGACAAAAAUCGUCAUGGAGGAGACUAUGACAGAGUGGCGCGAUCGGAAGAAGGGUAUGGAUUCGGCCGCUGGAGGGGUGACAAGCUCUGGUGGACCAGUUACUAUACCUUUGGGCCCUGGUGAAUGGGAUGAAGGACUAGGGAUUCCAAUGUGUGUGGUCUGCCAAGGGCUGCUCAUCAAAUUUUUGCUCGGAAAACAGGCCGAUAAGAUUGAGAAAUUAGAGAAGGAUCAUGGUUGGCACGAAGAAGAAUUCGACUUUAUUCUUCAGUUUAUGAGGACGCUCCUCUUGAAGCAUGGCGCAUCAUUGAUUUAUACCACACCGUUUCUUGCGAAUUCCCUACAGAGCUUGAUACAUGCUUCUCUCGGGAUACAUUCACUUUUGAAACGCCAGUCGCUUAAACAUAAUGUCAUCGACAGAGACAAGAUUCUGGUACCAUCGAAUUGGGACUCGUGGGGUAAAAUUCGGAUUAUCAGAGAAGGGUUCGAUAUGGAAGGUGUAUCAACUGGCUGGUCAAUUGAGAUCCAGGAUCCUCCCGAGCCCCUUAUUCCCGGGCCCGUGGAGCAACCACAAAGCGAACCUGGAGAGGGAAUGGAUGAUGGUACAAGCGCCGUCACAGUUUUCGAGCAGACUAUUAAAGACCCCAAGCGGGAUACUUCGAUGACACACCCGGGCAGUCAACAGAAUGGAAACAAGAUCGAAGUCGAGACGUCUGAUAUGCAAGGCUUCUUGUCUAAGCAGGUCGAAGUUUUGGAGCAACUGAAGGUUGAGGACGAGAAAGACCGUGCAACUAAGCAAGUGCCCCAGUUGGAGAUGUCACCCUUGGAUGAUAACGGACGGGUCAACGAGCAUAUUGGGCCCGUACAAUUUAACAUGGGAGGAAUUCAAGUUGAUGCGGAUGAUAUGCUGAGGAAAUUAAAGGAGAGAGAAGCCAGUCGGGCUCAACGAAAGGAGGCUCUUUCCUCGCCUGGCGACGAGAAGGCACACAACCAAGCUCUGGCAAACUUCUUCGCGGGCUUGGUCAAGAAACCAGGUGGCAGUCCUCGUGGCAGCCCAUCGGCAUAA